AUGCUCUUCUCCAAGUCCUUCUUCGUCUCCACCGCCCUCUUCGCCGUCCUCUCCGUCGCCUCUGCUGCCCCCAAGGCCAAGGCCUCCAAGAUCGGCCAGGUCGGUGCCAUCCACAACGCCAAGGACUUCUGCUUGUUCCUCCCCCCCAUGUACGGAGGUGACAUUGCCGCCAACGAGGACCGCGCCGUUGCCUUCUGCACCAAGGCCAACAUGACCGGUGCCCCCAAGGCUGGUGUCCUCCCCAAGGGCUUCAUCAAGUCUGCCCACAUCACUCGUAACACUGCUGCCGGCUGGGUCCAGAUCACCGGUCGCAUGGACGGCAAGAAGUACGGCCUCAACCCCAAGGAUGGCGGUGGACAGUACGACAUCAAGGCCCCCGUCGGUUCCUCCUACACCGGCUACAAGUACUUUGUCGAGUUGGUCGAGCCCGACUCCAACAUCUACUGCCUCCGCGCCUGCAAGACCAAGGCUGACUGCCCCGUCAACAAGUCCACCUACGGAUGCAGGAAGGUCCUCGGCGGCAACUACGCUUAA